UUAUUGAAACUUCACGUUUAAUAGAUAAUAAUUUUUUACUGGAUUUUUAAAAAUAUUAACAAUAAAUAAUGAUUUUUAACAUAGAAUACAAUAUUUAUUCAAAUUUUGCAACUAAUAGAUUUUUGGGGCGAGACUUUGUGGAUUAAAUUGAAAGGAUUCAUUAAGGAUACCACGCUGUUGCUGUUUGUAAUUAUUCAUUUAAACAAAAUGGCAUCAAAUCGUGUAUUGCGCAAUUUUUGCGUUAUUUUCUGUAUUUUAUCAAUAUGGUCUAACACUGUUGUGAACACUAUGGAUGAAUGGGAUAAUCUGAACGAAUUGCCAGAUUUAGGAAGAGAUGAACUGGAAAUGUACGGAAUUGAAUUUCAAGAUGCAGAUUCAGAUAUAUUGGAUGAAUUCUUGCCUGGUGGCAUGCGAAGUUCUGAACAGUCAGAAGACGAUCGUACUUUAAAUUAUACGCAGGCUGUACUAUUGGAGAAAUGGCACAUUGAUGCAAAUAUCGAAAAUUUAACUCGUAUAACACGGCAUUAUGUUGAUAAACCAAAAUUAAUGUCAUCACAUUUAUUAAGAAUGAUCUUAGAUUCUAAACAGUCAGAAAAUGAAAGAACUUCAACUCCUAUGCAGUAUAUCUACAAUCGGGACACCAAUCGAUGGGAUUAAUAAUGUCAAUAAUUUUAAUUUAAGAAGAAAGAAAUCUAUUAUAUAUUUCAAUGGGAUAAGAAAUUUGAUUAAAUACAGUAUAUAUAAAUUAU